UACAAAUAUUUCACAACAAUUUCAAUCUCAUCUGUAAACACAGUUGCAAAACACAUUCCAUUCCUUAGUAAGUAAGAAACAGCUGUUUUGGAUGUGUAUGUUACAUACACAAAAGAUCUGCAAGCACAAGUGAUUUUCUUGAAGGAUACAUAUACAAAGUAUGAAAAUAAGGUGACUAACUUAAGCAGUUAAGGAUAGAUGUUUGUCAUUUAUGAGAUGUAACAGUUACAAGACACUGUGUCAGUGUUUUAUUCUCAAAUAUUAAAGUAACAUCAUAGAUAUGGAUAAAAUAAAAACUGAAUUCCAAGAAAACAAAGCCAAAUAUUUUGUGGCAAAAGUGAAUAAUGUUGCUGCCCUUAUCAAGUGUAUAACCGACCAGCAAUGGGCAUGUAAAAACAGGCAGAAUCCACCACACCCUGUGGACAUUUUAGCAGAAGCUUUUUCAAGCAGCAAAGUGUACAUAAUAUACAGUGUCAUUAACAAUCAUGGUUGGCAUGGAUUUGCCGAAAUGACGAGCACGCCAGCACCACAGAAAGAUGGCACAUUUAGUACAGAUUUAUCCGAAAAGGAUGCCACUAAAAGCGGUCCUGAAAGUGGAAAUAGCCCAUGGCAUUACUUCAGUGUUAAGUGGCAUGUCAAUUUCACAGACUUUGGAGAGCAGUGUCUCACAUCAAAAUUAACUGAGGCCUUAAUAUGUAGUGAUGGUGAACAUACUAUGUCUGUAAACAAAUGUCGAAACUGGCAGGAAUUAGAUACUCAAACUGGAGAAAAGAUUUGCCAUCUUAUAUCAGACUUCAGAGAAGAGCUUGUUGAAAAACAGUCAAAGAAGGAAAAUAAGAAAAUGGAGCAAGCACCUCAGCCAUUUUACGAGGACACAACUGAGUCAAUUGUAGAAACAUGGAACAGGAUUGUUUCGAAGGUGGAAGUUGAACUUGGCAGAGUUAUCCUUGCUUGCCCAUUUGGCAGCCAAAGGUACAAUUUACAGACAGCAAACAGUGACACAGACAUGUUUAUAGUUUACCAAGCUAAAACCUCUGACAUGCUUGGUUUCCAUCCACCAAAACAGACAAUCAAGAACAGUGAGGGACAGCUAUGUGACUACACAAUACAUGAGGUUCAUCGCUAUUGUGAACUGCUGCUGGCUGGGGAUGCAAGAUGUGUUGAGACUCUAUUCCUGGACAACCAUUUUCUCAUACGAGCAUUGCCUGUGUGGAGGCAGCUUGCAGAUGGAAAACAACUCUUCCUUAACAAAGCCUGCCUUGAUAAAUAUCUGCGGGAUGCCCAUGGCAGUAAGGGGACUAAACUCCUACUGUCAUGGUGUGCUGAACAUGAAAAAGACAACUGCCCCUUGUCACCAAAAAUGUGUAAACUGCUCUACAUUAUUGUCAGGCUCCUACAGAACGCUCGUGAGCUAGUUGCAGGCCACACCCUGCAGGUAUACAGGCGGGACGAUAGCCAGGAGAGACGGGAGCUGAUGGCCAUCAGGGCAGGGAGCCUUCCAAUACAGCAGGCCAGGGACAUAGUCAACAAAUAUGUUGGCUUGAUAGAUGCAGGACAUGAUUGUGUAGCUGACAACAGGGAGGAGGUGGAGCGCUACCUCACACACUGGCUCCUUACACUUAGGCAUGCAGACUUCAAUCUGUGACACUUAGUUUUGUAAAUCCAAAAG